UUUAGAUCCCACAUCUGUGCGCCGAAUUGGUUGCAGUGCAAAACGAUCUAUUCGCCUUUUUUUGAAGAUGCUACAAUUUCACGGAUUGCUGUAUUUUUCCACAAUAGCACUUGCGGUUGCACGACCACUUGGCUUUCAAAUUGGACAGAUGGUACAAAUCGAGAGGAAGUGCACACCGGUGCCGUACUCAAACUUUAUAUUGUGCAUCACAAUGGAGAUGGCGAGUCCACCGGUAGGAGUCGUUAUAGGGGAUGAUUUCGGCCCAGGAACUGAGAGUGAGGCUCCAUGGCUAAUUGAACCAGACUCGACUUCGGAGGACUCUGAGCUCAAUGCGACUCCUGAUUUACCAGACUCUGCAGAAGUUAACACUACUGAAAACAAGAGUGCCGAAGCGUCCCCAUCAGAGACAGUCGCACCUAGUGAUGGGAACUCAGCAGAUGGCUCAGCAUCAACUGAACAAUCGGCGUCUGCGUAAGCAUCACAUACAAGUGAAGCCGGCAACAGAGAUGCAACUACAUCAUGAGCGAGCACUGUAAUGGGAUCCCUCUAGUAAGACUCCUAUGCAAUACCAAUAGAGAUUUCAAAAAAAGCACUCGGAAGCGACAGAGAAUUAUUUUCCAUCAAGUACGCUUUGAAAAUACAUGCAGGCACGUCCUGCAUUGAGCGUUAACGUCUAACAAUUGUUAGCCGGGGAAAAGCGGUCAUUCGAGCAAGAUAAGCAAGUUUACCUGCCAAUGCCCCCCUCUUACAGAAGAUCGUCCCGAUGCUGUAAAUAAACAAAAGAACCAAUAAUAAAUGUACCCAUAGUAAAGAAAAAAACGGGGCAACAAAA